CAAGAUGGAGGAGGCCAUACAGCUGGCGCGCCCUCUCUGCCACGCGCCCCACUUCUCCCACUCCCUCGAGUGGCUGCUCUUCACCAUCUUCGAUGCCGAGACGUCCAGUGCCAGUGCGCGGCGCCGGCGCAAGGAGGUGAAGAAAGGGCCAAGCCUGUUGGACCGGGCGUGCGAGCUGAUUCGGCACUUUGGGGAGUACCGGGACGUGGUGGUCAGCGUGGCCAGGAAGACUGACAGCAGACACUGGCUGAUCUGUUUCGCCUCUGCUGGCAACUCAAACACGCUCUUUGAGGAGUGCUUCGAGAACAAGCAGUAUCGUACAGCCACAUGCUACAUUCUGGUGGUGGAAAAGCUAGAAGGCCCCACCAUCGGCCAACAAAGCGCCCUGCGCCUCUUGCAGGUGGCGUUGCAAGAGUCGAUGUACGACCUCGCAGGCGAGCUGGUCCGCUUCCUGCUGCGGUCGGGGCGGGAGUACAGCCAAGCAGUGGAGGAGGACGAGAGGGCCAGUGAGAGCCUGCUCAAGAGCUUCUUUACCUUCGGCUUCACCUCCACAGCGCCCAAGGCUCGGGGGGACGUGCUGCACACGACGGUGAAGCACAUAUUGGGGGAGAAGGCAACGGCUCUGAUGAGCAGCAAGGAGCUGCGGCAGCUGGUGGCGUUCGUUAAAGGCACCCAGUUCGACUUCACUGAGUUUCUUCGGUCGGAUCGGGGCAGGGCCAUUCGCUUGGAGGACUUCCCCACUGCGCUGCGCACCAUCCGCUUCAAGCUCGCCAUAGAGGGAAACCUGCAGAGCAGGCUAGAUGCGGAGUUCCUCUUGGCUCACGUGCGCACCGUGGGCUUCCAUGAGUGGACCGUGGUGCUCGCAACGCUGCUGCAGCGAUCAGAGGUGCUUGCAGAGCUCUUUCAGAAUGACAUGAAGCUGUGGACCGCUUAUGUGAGAGCGCUCAAGGCACAACCAAAUGCAUCGCAGUACGAUGAGCUGUUGGCGGCAGUGGAGCGGGACUUAACAGCCCAUUUGGGCCCUGAUCACUCUACUCUCUCCUCGACCGGUCUUGCUUUCCCUGCCACAGCUGCUCCAGCUAGGUGAUUUGUUCUCAGGCAAAAAAUGCCGACGCAUGCGUAUUUGGUUUAGUAACAAUUGACUUUUUGACGAGUGCAUAGUUGUGUGAUGUGCAUGAGCACAUUAUGCUUGAUUAGGCGAUUGAAGGUUUUCAAGGUUAGGAAGAGCAGUUAGCAGGCCUCAAAAUUGGUUUUAGGCCACUCUUAGGAAUCAGAGUGCCAAAAAAAAAUUACCCUGCCGGUCAGAGUACAAUUU